AUUUUGAUAAAUGAGCAACCAGCAACAUUGGCCAGCUUCAAAGAAACUUCACGGAGCUGGGCGUUUUCUAGUUGUUAAUGUUAAGUUGAAUAGCCUAACGUUCCGGAACAAAAUGGUAACAUUUCGUUGAUAGCCAUCUAAAUAUAUAUAGAUUUACCAUGGUAUCAUACCGUCACAAAUAUGCCCCACGGCUGAAUCAUGGAAAUCAGGACUUUUACAAAGGGGUCUGACGAAUCAGACCAUACUUUUGUGAAUUACGAUACAUGGACAUCUAUCAAGCACACAGUAAAGUAUUAUGUGCGAAAUGAACAGUGAUUGAGUACAUUUUUUUUUGUACAUGUGACGCUCUUGGAAUGAUCAACUUUGUUGGAGUUAAAUUAAUCCUGCUUAAAUCAGAUAUGUGGCAUUUAUGGAUAUGGAUGAUAUAUCUGGUGCUCCUCUUCUCUGACCUCUCCCAUUGCUGUCGAAGUGCAGAAUAUUUAAUUAAUGGAGAGUGCUGUCCGAUGUGCUCACCUGGGGAGCAUGUUUAUAAGCACUGCACAGAAUACACAAGCACCUCGUGUAAACCGUGCACUGCUGGAUCAUUCAUGGCGCUGCCCAACGGUCUUCCUAGUUGCAGCACUUGUACAGUCUGUGACCCAGGUCUUGGUUUAAAGACAGACAGGGAGUGCAGUCCCACCUCUGAUGCAGUGUGUGGGCCUCUGGAUCAGCACUACUGCACUGAGGCUGAUAAGAAGGGCUGCAGAUUAGCACAGAGACACAGUAUCUGCAGGCCUGGGACAUUCAUCAGACACAAUGGAACACUAUUGACCAAUACCGAAUGCGAAGAAUGCCGUGACAAAACGUUUUCAAAUAAAUCUUCUUCGCCAUUCUGCAAACCACACACAGAAUGUAAUUCUGAGCAAAAGGAGACCACAAAAGGAACCAAAACGGAAGAUACAGUUUGUGAAAAUAUGCCUGUACGAAGUAGAUUUGUACUUUUUGGACCAUUCAUAUUCCUAGCUCUGGUAUUUUCUGGACUAAGUGUGAAGUUCUGUAAAGAGAGGAAUAACCCCUGUGUGCCUCUGCACUCCACAUACAGGACUCCCGUACAAGAAACCCAGGGAACAGAUAAUGGACCAUAACCGAUCUGCCCAAGGGGUUCCAUUGCAGUGGGUCACAGAUUUCUGCUCACCGCCCUGCGUCCUCUCCCCGUGGUGGCUGGGAUAUUCAGUGCUGGAUAUGAGGAACGUGUCUCCCCAGUCCUUCUCCUCCGCUUCCAGAACUGACCGUCAGCAACAGGCUUCCACCACUCAGCCCCCUGCACAGCCAGAUUCAGCAGCCAGCAAUGGGCUCGGUCCGUUAGGUUCUCAUGGUCAGCAGGCGACACGGUGGCUGGGCAGAGUUUUCACUCCGGUUUACAGUCACUGAGCACUUUAUUAGGAACACCUACUUAUCCAUGCGAUUAUCUCAUCAGCCAAUCUGGUGGCAGCAGUGCAAUACAUACAAUUGUGUAGAUACAGGUCAGGAUCUUCAGUUAAUGUUCAUGUCAACCAUCAGAAUGGGGAAAGAAUUGUGAUCUCCGUGAUUUUGGCCAUCAUCGACAAUGUCGACUAAUCGUUGCAGCUCUAGUAAUCAGUCUCAUGAAAUUAAUGUUAUAUGAAAUAUCUAACCAUAAAUUUCGGUUCUCAUGUCUAUGUGACACCGAAACAGACACACCGAGCUUAAUAAAAUCAAUUUUUAAACAGAUGUACAAACACAGAACAUGAUGAUGAGCUAACAGGAAGUUAGUAUAAGGUAGGUGUGUAUGUGUGUGUGUUCGAGUGUGAGCUGUCGAAAAAGAGACUUGAGUAGCUUAACUCUUUGCAUACGUGAAUGACGGCGAAUCUAUUCACGUAACCAACUAACCGAAUGCAUUCAAAGGAUAACACAAAGCAAAUAUAAAAACACAGGUUCACAAUAUCAGUUAAGACUAAGCUAAACACUGGCUAUGCCUGGAAUGUGUGUUUAGUCUUACUGAGUCCAUACGCAUUGUACGUAGUUAUGUGGUCCCUACACAAAAAACAGUGAGCAGCAGUUCUGCGGGCUAAAACGCCUUGUUAAUGAGAGAGGUCAGAGGAGAAGCUGACAAAUAACCACACAUUACAACAGUGGUACGUAGAGAGCAUCUCUGAACACACAACGAGUGAACACUUAAGUGGAUAGGCUACAGCAGCGGAAGACCAGUAAGUCUAAAAGUACCUAAUAAAGUGCUCACUGUGUGUGAAUUGGGCCCUCCCAGUGGGAAGCUGCUGACAGGGCCACUCCAGCGGCGGCGAGCAGCGAUGCCAAAACAAGACCACGUGACAAUGAAGAAACGACCUCACGAGGAGGCACAAUACAACUGCAAAAUGCAUCACACCAAGAAGGACUCGGCCUGGAGA